UAUGUUGAGAUAUAAUUCUUGUUUUGUUAAAUUCCCAAUUAAAAUAAUUUAAUCUGCGUCCCGUGUCCCCUUUUACUGUAUACUGGUUACAUGCUGAGAAAGCAAUUAUAUUGGUUCUAAUAUUCGCUAGCUGGUGGAACUAAAUGAUGAAUUGAAAAUUGAAUUAAAAGAGCAGAGAAACCUUUUUCCAAAAGCUUUUAUCACAAAAAAAUAAAGAAUGAAAUAUCAGUUAAUUACGUAAAUUAAAUUAAUUGACGUCAUAGUGAAGUAUAAUCCGUUUCCUUUUUAUAUGUAAAUUUGAUUUGUGCUUUUAACUUUCAGAGAAAAAAGCGAUAUAAACUUCCGUUUUUUCUUUAUUUUUUUGAAAAAGGGUAAUAACUAAGUUUUAAAAAGUUUUGUGGUUUUUCACUGAUUCUAACAAUGUAUUGGUUCUAUCAUUGCAAAACACCUCUGAUAUUGAUGCUAAAAGAAAAAGAAUACAAACACAACACAACACAACACAACAAAGUAAAAAUUAGAAAAAAAAGUUAAUUUUCUUCUGUUAUCUAAUUUCUUAUUUAAAUCUUCAUUGAGUAUUCAAAACGAAAUAACCAGAUUUUUUAAAACAAAACAAACAGAAAGAAAGGGGAACAAGAAAAACGUUUUCCAUUAAAAGUUUUUCAACAACAAAAAAUAUUUCUCUAUUUUUUAAAAGUAAAAACAUUAAUAAAACAAAUUAAUAUGUUGAGUCUCAAACAAGAAUAAUCCGCCUUCGCGAAUAUCAUAGAAAACCUCCAGUGAAAUAUAAUCUUUCUAAAUAAUAGUUUUAUUAUCGCUAAACUUAUUUUGUGUGACCAAGAACACACUUCUAUUUUCUCCAUUAAAAGCGAAUAUGAUUUUAAGAUUCUUAAUACUCGUUGCUUAUGGAUGUGCCGUCCUUGAUGGAGGGGGUAUUUCAUUAGAAAACUGGCUGUCAGAAACGAAAUGUGGUAUACGAUAUCAAUACGCAGAUUAUCUGAAGAGUAUGAUAAAUUGCUCUGUAGUAAAGAGAUUGAACAGUUUAUGCAGGAGAGAUAUCGUCGUUGCGUAUUCACACUGGCCACCUUACUGUGUCACAGAUGAAGAAGGAAAAGCUAGUGGUAUAUUACAAGUUUUGCUACGAAAGAUACUAAGCGAAUAUUGCUGCCUUAGCUGCAACAACGUUACAUUUUUACCUCCAAAAGGCUUUAGCGAGAAAUUUAACUCCCUUGAAAAUAAUGCUGAUAUUGCAAUGCCUAUCGAAAAUGGAAGACACAGCCGGACAUUUUUCGGUUCACCUUACGUCACCUUAUUCGAAUUGGAAUCUGUUUCAUUUCUUGGGAAGAAAACUGAAGCAACUACAAGCGACUUACUCACGGCAAUGAUCUAUUCCAUUACUUCAACAUGGCCUCUCUUUGUUGUGGCAUUCACCAUGUCAAUUUGUGCAGGAACAAUAAUAUGGCUGAUGGAUACUUGGUUUAACAACAGUCAGUUUCCAAGAAGGUUUCCAAGAGGACCAUUUGAAGGAUUUUGGUGGGCUUAUGUUUCCAUGACUACGGUUGGGUAUGGUGAUCGAACUCCACAAUCAGUGAGCGCCAGGUUAUUUGCAGUGUGUUGGAUUCUCAUUGGUAUUACUAUCUUCAAUAUGUACACUGCCACAAUUACAUCUGUACUUACCACUGAAGUUGGACGCAAUGAAAAUUUUGAUGCUGCUUGGAAAAAUGUUGGUGUGAUUGCAAACAACACGGCUGUUUUAUCUGGCGCUUAUAGAGCAUAUGCGACACCAAAAGUAUACCCAACAAUUUUGGCAUUGAAGCUGGCUUUGGACAACGAUGAGGUGUCAGCCGUCGCAUUUGAAGAGCUUACUGCAUUGUAUUUCAAAGGACAUUGGUCAGAUGAAAAAAUCAAAUAUGAAGUCUACAGCAAGGUAUCCUUAAGAAAAAAUGCUAUGGGGGUCGUAUCGAAAAAUUCAAAUAUAACACGUUUAAUUCGUUCUUUUAUGGAUACUAACGAAGAUGCAAUUGAUAUUAUAUACUCAACAGGACAAAAGAGAAAGAAUGUGACACACAAGGGAGGAACAAAUGUGACUUCAUCGCCAUUUUCAGAGAAAAGCACGACCUUUCUAAUCACGUUAUCGGCCAUGGUUGUCAUAUCGUUGGUCUGCUUUAUUGUUGGUGUGAUAGCUGAUCGCCUGCAAAAGAAGAGCACGAAAGAUAAAAAUAUUGCUUCUCUGGAGGGAAUCCCAAAUUAAAAUUAUGAGCAUGUAACUGUGUUCCUCGACUUACGAAUGUAAAUUUUGUGCUGCUUUUAGUUUCGUAAGCGCACGAUAUGCACGUCGCCAAACAAGGGCAAAGACCUACAGAUUCAAAAAAAAAAAAAAAAAAAAAUUAAGAA